CCCGGCCCCCGAUGUAGCGUGCAGACGCGGGCCUUCUCCGUGCGUCCCGUCCGCUUGGAGCUCGCGGAGAGUCUACUGUACUGGAAGUGUGGCGGGGUCCAGAGUAGCGGGAGGGGGGCGGUCUAUGGGAGGGACUAGCGCAAAAAGAGAGGAGGGGGCGUCGGAAGGAGGAGGCGGCGGAGGCAGAGAGGAGGUUGUUUCUCCAGUCUCUUUCCCCUCGUCUUUGUCUCACACACUCUUUUGUUAGCCAUGCCGAGCCUGCUGGUUCUAGCAGGGCUCAUGGAGAAAAACGGGGGCUACGGCGGGGAUCUGGCCGGCUCCGGCUUCGGAGGCGAGGCUCUCCUGGUGCCGCCCGACGACGACGAGGACGACUCCCGUGCCCUGCGGGUCGCGCUGGGCCAGCUGUCUCUGCUGGGGCUCGGCGAGGGCGAAGACGGCAACGGAGGAGGCGGCGGCGGCGGCGGUGGAGCCCCGACGACAGGAGGAGUGCAGGACCGGAGCAACAACAACAACAACAACCACCACCAGCACCACCACGGCGGCGGCGGCGGCGGCGGGGGGGACGCGUCGAUCCUGCAAGGGAAGAGCAAGUUGUGCGCCCUGUACGAGAGUGAGCCCAAAGGACGCGGCUGCAACAUCACUGAAUGCGUCCCGGUGCCGAGCUCCGAACAUGUGGCCGAGAUAGUGGGCAGGCAAGGUUGCAAGAUCAAAGCUCUGAGGGCCAAGACCAACACCUACAUCAAGACCCCAGUCCGAGGAGAGGAACCGGUGUUUCUGAUCACCGGCCGCAAGGAAGACGUGGCGCUCGCUCGGCGAGAGAUCAUAUCGGCUGCCGAGCACUUCUCCAUGCUGAGGGCGUCCCGCAACAAGCUGGGGGUGUCCUUCAGUGGCUCCCCGCCCACGCCGCUCCCGGGCCAGACCACCAUCCAAGUGAGGGUUCCAUACCGAGUAGUGGGGUUGGUCGUCGGGCCCAAAGGAUCCACAAUUAAACGCAUUCAGCAGCAGACCUGCACGUAUAUCGUCACGCCCAGCCGGGACCGGGACCCGGUCUUUGAGAUCACAGGGUCGCCGAGUAACGCCGAGAGAGCCCGGGAGGAGAUAGAAGCGCACAUCGCUUUCCGGACAGGCGGCCUUCACGACCACAACAACGAGAACGACUGCCUGGGCCCCAACGGUGGAACCAGUCCAGCGGGCAGCAGCAGCGGUUUGGAGAGCCGUCUCCAGCAGGUGUGGGGCCUCCAGGGGGGGCAGCGCAAACCUCUCACCAGCAGCUACCGCCAGAACUUCUCAGACGCCAUGGUCGGCGGGGGCGGCGGCGGUGAGGGAGGCGGCGUCUACAACAAGGGCAACUUCUCCAGCUCCGGAGAGAAGCCGUGCUCCUUUUUCGGAUCGGAGGGCACCCAGAGCUGGGGCGACCCCGAUUACCCCAAGCAGAUGGCCUUCUACGCGCAGCAGCGCUCCAAGAGCUUCGGAGGCCUCCCGUUGCCCCUGACCAGACUCUCGCCGGGUCUGCCCGAGCCGUGCGGCGGCACCACUAACUCCUCGGUCACCGGCAUCGGGCCCGUGUCCGGGUCGCCUCACGCCCAGGCUCGCCGCGCUCACAGCGAGCCCACGUCGGCCGGCGACGGCGGCAGCGGCUUCCCCGGGCGCCUCCCCGUGCCGGACUCGCCGCCGGCCGCCGUGCGGGACUGCAUGACAUGUUUCGAGAGCAAAGUGACGGCCGCCCUGGUGCCCUGCGGCCAUAACCUCUUCUGCAUGGAGUGCGCCAUCCGGAUCUGUGAGCUCAACCACCCCGAGUGCCCCGUGUGCCACACCCAGGUCACGCAGGCCAUCCGAAUAUUCUCCUAGGAAACCACACCCCUUUUGAUCCUUUAUUUUGUCCUUUAUCGGGUAAUCAUUUGCUCUUAUGAUAGUAAUUAUUAUUACUAAUAUUAGGAUGAUACACGUUUGUUUUUUUCAGAAAAUUUUCAAACAAUCAAGCAGAUAUUUUAGAAGGCACUGCUUGCUUUGCUAAAAAGUCGAAGAAAUAUUUUUCAGUUUUUCUUUUAUAUACAUAUAUAUGCAUAUAUAUUUUAUAAAAGUUUUGUUUAUAAGAGAAGUAUAGUACCUUUUCAGGUUUUUCCUUCAUGAAUCACGGCGCAGGCAGACGUAAUGUGAACAUUUGAUUCUCACGCUUUUAUUUUGCCAUGAAGUGGGUUUAAAUGGAAGGAAGCGGGAUGAUUGUGGAGGGAAAAUAUUCAAUUCGUAUUCAAACCCGCAACAUACAAUCAUCGCAGUUAGAAAACCUGUCAAUCAAACCUUCAAAUUUGAUGGUAAAGCAAUCGUUUAUGAAGCUGUGACAAUAGAUUGAGCUCGGCAAAGAGAAAAGGUGGCUGGUUUAGUCGAAGCCUUGCAAGACGACACUCGGGUCAAACUUGUUUUGGCGUACAAGCGACCAAACAUCAUAUCGUUUAUUGGUCAUAAUCAUUGGCACCGCUUGAAAUGAGUGAAUUUCAUUGAUUACACAUCGCUCACGGUAAUUUGCUGAAAAGAUUGAGUGACGCUCGUUCCUCGUAGCUUAAAGAGCUGAAGGCCCCAAAGCCUUGGAAUCCGUCCAGUUGGCCGCCGCCGCCUCCUUUAUGUACGAAGCCCCUUCGGGUGCCGCCCUCCCCUCCACGGUGCUUGUUUCCUAGUCACCUUAAACCCCACGUGGUCAUUUGUCCGCCACUAAAAUGAGAACAAGCUGGAAUAUUCUUUAUAAUAAUAAUAAUAAUAAUAAUAAAAAUGGCGUGUGUUCUCAGGUCGGUAAUGAGCCGAGCUGCACAGGGGCAGGUGCAUCAUGUCCCCGCUGUGGCUUUGACCCCACCGUGGAGGUCUCGUCUGGCCACCUUUCUCUCCUUUCUUUGUAACAGACCCCCCCCCUCCCCCUCUCAACACCCCCUUGCCGCCCAUCCCUCCUCAGCUCCUCUACUGCUGCUUCCAGUGACAUGAUUGGCUUAGAGAAGGCCCUCAUAUUGUCUCCGCUCGAUAGCGACGACAACCGCUCUUGGGGGGGAAAAAAAGGCUGGUCCAGGUGCGGACCGGCGGGGGGAAACGGGGGUGGGGGUAUUUUAACGCCCCACUGUGAAUUCAAGUCCACUCCUUAGUAUGAAGCAUAGAAGAGGAAGGUACGAUACGUGAUGAAAAACAUGUGGGCGCCCUAUCACAUGAUGUGUAGUGUGAUAUUACCCCCCCCCCCCCCCCCCAGUCCCCCACCCCCCUUACUCACCCACACUGUGAAAUUCUAACAGGGUUUACGUGACAGCAGCAGCAGCGCAGAUCGAAGUUUCCACAAGGCCCCGCCCCCCUCCCCACUUGUCCUUACCCCGCCUCCAUGAUGUGGGCGGGCUACUGUACGGGCCCGUCCCGCAGCUGCCCCUUCACUAUGGAUACUGGGGGUCUCAGCCAAUAGAAGACCCACCGCUCGGCCCCUCCCCCGUCCAAUGAAUGAAAAUCAGACAAUUGCGAUUGACAGGAAAGCAAAGGAAACGCCCCAUUUAAACAGAAUCGAAUUACACCCCCCCUGCCCCCCCUAUACCGCCUUCGUCUGCACGACCCGAGCCCGGGGGAUUUCAGAAGAGGGCAUGCAGGGUGGGAGGGGGGCUUAAGCUGUUGGGUAAAAGGGAGGGAGGCGUUGGGCAUGGGGCUGGAGAAAGGGUGGCGGCAAGUUGGGGCUUGUUAUGUGGGGGCCAGCGGUGACACUGGAGAACACGUAUACACCCACACUCUCAAGAGACCCCGUCCGUCCCGCUCCGCCCCCGCCCCCACCCCCACCUCUCUUAGGCUGUGUUCACACUUGUGGUUCGGUGCUCUGGUCAAGGUUCUUGGUGCACAUUUUGGUCCACGUGGGUUGGAUAGUAAAGAAUAUAAAGCAGGGGUGUCCAAACUAUUCAAGGGGGCCACUUUUGUACGCUUAGUCAGUAUAUGCUAAACUAUACAAACAAAACAACCCCAGUUUUCGUAUGAUUCGCUUUUUAUCAGAAAUGUUCACAUCUCGCUUUUUUCGUGUUUUUGUAAAAUAUCGGUUGAGGACCCAAAAAGUGCAAGUGCUAAAUAACCCCAAAUUAUUAUUUCACACUUUUCUGCACAAUAACUAUUUCUAUAAAAUGUAUUUUUGUUCCUAGCUUGGGUUUCUGGAACAAAUUAUUUGGUUUUACAUGAUUUUCGAUUUUCCUCAGUUUUUGAUUCCACUGUAUUUAAUAAUAUACCUCAUUCACAAUGAAACCAGCCGCUGGACAGAAAUGGCCCCCGGAACACACUUUGGACACCCGUGCCGUUACAGCAGGACUUAUUAUAUACAAACCAAAAUUCCGUCCGCUGGCUUAAAUACACUUUUGAAGAGCUUCCGACGCCUUUUCUCUUCCAUAUUUGUCCUUCCUGGUUUUUAACGGCGGUCCUGUGCGGCUCACGUUGGAGCUCAAGUCCAGCAAACCGCAGGAGAGCUCGGCUACGUGUUGUUUGCAUGUUCCCGUUAGCGUAAUGCUGUGGAUUUCACUUGUCUAUGCAGCUAGCUGACUAAUGUGGAAGUAGAUAGAUUUUCCACGUCUUCACAUCAUAUCAUAACCUAAACCACGGGUGUCCAAACUUUUUCCAGGAAGGAAUCAAAUGAAAACCGGGCCGCUUUGAUAUUUGACUUUUUUUCGGUAGCUAGCAAGUUCCAUUAUAUUUAUAUUUAUAUUUCAAGAUUCAGUUCCACCGGGUUUGUCGUUUGUCCGUUUUUGCUGCAACUGUCUUCUUGAAGCUUUUCCUAACACUGGGAUUCCAGACUCCAUAUAUAUUCCCAUAAUAUUCCAGCCUAUCUUUCAAAAAAAUUCUAACUUUAUUUUUGUUUUGUUACUUAUAUGGUGUAAAUUGUUGCGGAAAUUGUGAAAAUUAUUUUUUUCUCCUCACAGUAUUACGAUGUUAUGCACUUUUUUUUUAUUUUUUGCGGUGAUGCCACAAUUUUUUGCCAUUAACAUUAUGACGUUUCCCAAUAUUUGUACUUUAUUCCGUAAAACUACUGCUUUCUUUCAGUUUUUUUUUUCCUGUUUUCUUGUUUGUAUUUUAAAAGGUGCAGAGGGCCGCUAACAUCAGCCACGGCGCACAUUUGGGACGCUCCUGACUUAAAUAGCCUUAAAGGUCAUAGUUUAAUAACUUGUACUUUACAACAUAGUUAUUUACAUUACAUGUUCUAGUGUAAAAGAAGGGUGUACAAAGUACGGACGGGGUGCAAUUUGCAGCCCACAGCUGUUGUUUUAUUGACCUGCAGCAAAAAUGGAAAAAAUCUGCAAUAAUUUCACAGGAAUACAGUACAAAUAUUAAAAGACGGAAGCUGUAAUCUUACAGGAAAAAGUUGUAAAUUAAAAUAACGCAAGUAAAAUAACAUCCUUAUAAGAGGAAAAGUAAUAAUUUAGUAGCAUAAAGUUGAAAUAUUGAAGAAAAAAGACUAUAUUAAGAGAAACAAAACAACAAAUAGAUUACUUUUUGGAAAGUUAGGUUGUGGAAAAAUGAGAAGAAAGUGAAAAAGACAUAAUAAAAAUGAGGCGAUAAUUAAUUGGAAAAAAUAAAUACAAUUUCAACUAUUUUUUUUAAAUAAAUUGAGUUUUUAAAAAUAUAUUUUAGUAGUAAUUUAAUUUAGUAGUUCAAUUUACAAGUAAUUUUUUUGAAAAUUAUUUUGGGAAUAAAGUCAAAAUAUUAUGGGAAUAAAGUCAUUACUCCAAAGAGUAUUUAUUUAAGAAGACAGUUGAAAUAUUGAAAUAUAAUACAAAAAAAAACAAGGGCUGCACGGCGGUCGAGUGGUUAGCGCGUAGGCCUCACAGCUAGGAGACCCGAGUUCAAUUCCACCCUCGGUUUGCAUGUUCUCCCCGUGCAUGCGUGGGUUUUCUCCGGGUACUCCGGUUUCCUCCCACAUUCCAAAAACAUGCUAGGUUAAUUGGCGACUCCAAAUUGUCCAUAGGUAUGAAUGUGAGUGUGAAUGGUUGUUUGUCUGUAUGUGCCCUGGGAUUGGCUGGCCACCAGUCCAGGGUGUACCCCGCCUUUCGCCCCAAGACAGCUGGGAUAGGCUCCAGCGACCCUCGUGAAGAUAAGCAGUAGAAAAUGAAUGAAUUUUUUAGUAGUAGCGCUACUUCGAACGCAAUGAGGGUACACGCCCGGUUCUCACACCGGGGUCGGGAUGACAGCCUUCACACCAAAGGUACCAGAGCUCCUUUUAGCCGAACCAAACUACAGAUGUGAACACACCCUUUGGAUACAAACAGAUAUUAAACACACUAUUCUUCCAAAAUAAAAGUACCUUACGUUCUAUAAAGAAAGAGCAUAGUUCUCAUUUUAUGGAGAAAUUGCACAACAAUUCUUAGUAUUUUUUAUUGUUGUUUUCUGCCUUAAUAUUUAGUUAUUCUGCCAUGACACUGACAUUUUGGCCUUGGAUCGCACCACCCCCUGAAACGACGAGUGUUUUGGAGUAAAAGAAUGUCACCGAACCUCGGAAAUCACAAACACGACGUUCAAGCACCUUAUUUACCAAACAUUUCAUUCAUACCAAACAGACCAGUGAUGGUGAAAUAUUUGCUAGGAUUUGACGAGACAUGCACAUAAGGAUUGCCUAUCAUUUUUAUCUGCCGUUCCGGUUGUUUCACCACGACAGAGGGCGUGCUUUGUAAAUACGCGAGGCCUGCUUCCGCUUUGCAUUAUUACCACAAAAGUUCUAGGGAGAGUAAAAUCUUUUAUUAUACGCCACCCAUCCUUCUUUUGACUCUUCAUAGUAUAUUAGAUAUUAGAUCCAUACGUGUAACAAAUAUUAUUUAAAGGAAUUAACUUAGUAUUUCAUCCAAAUAUAUCAAUGAAAAAAAUCUGACUAUAAACUGUAAUAACAAUAUACUUUAUGAAGCCUCUACUGUAUAAAUCCAAUCUAAAUAAAUACAAAUUCCGAUUAAUUGUAUGUAAUAACCCCUAAAUAAAUACAUGACUUUCUAUGUACGUUAGGAUAAGAAGCAAUAAACAAAUGAGUCCAUUGUUGAAAAUAUUCUAUCCAGACUUUGAUUACUAGCAUAUUAGCGUUUCAUAUCAAGCCGCAGCUCUUUGUGUACGGAACGUGAUAUUAUAAGAUAGCUGCUGUGCUCUUCAGGGUUUUUUCUGCGUGACGUUAUGUUGAAUAUUAAGCGGAGCACACAGGGCGAGGGAUGUCAUUCGUGGGGUGCGUUUCUUAUGGCGUUUGCCCGUUUUCAGGCCGUGGUUCGCCUGAAAGGUCAGAGGUGCCGAGUAGCCAAAGACCAAAUGAGGAGGAGACUGAUGCUGUGUUUCAAUUCAUACUUUGCUGAGUGUUGAGUGCACUGAAAUGUGCACCGCUGGACACUUAGCACCCUCAAUCGUAUAACUCAAGGGGCGGGAUUACCAUACCUACAUGUGAGCGAGAAUUAUUGCAAAGUGGGUGUUCCAAAUUGUGGUGAAAAUGCUCCAUCAAGUGGAUGUUGUCAUUAAAAAAGAGAGAGGAACAAGCAGAUACCGGAUUUUCCAGGCUAUAAGUCGCCAGCCAGUCAAAAAAUGGGUCAAUUCAGUGAGUUUUAGCUUGAAGCAAAUUCACCAAGCUCCCGAUCUCAUUGAUACAAUAGAAUUAAGAACACACCUGGGAGAAGGAAUAGGCGAAAUUAACAUAAGCGAGUCCAAGUUAGCGGCAAGCAAGUUCACCAAGCUCCCGAUCUCAUUUAUAUAAUAGAAUUAAGAACACACCUGGCAGAAGGAAUAGGCAAAAUUAACAUAAGCGAGUCCAAGUUAGCGCUGAGCAAGUUCACCAAGCUCCCGAUCUCAUUGAUACAAUAGAAUUAAGAACACACCUGGCAGAAGGAACAGGCAAAAUUAACAUAAGCGAGUCCAAGUUAGCGCCGAGCAAGUUCACCAAGCUCCCGAUCUCAUUUAUACAAUAGAAUUAAGAACACACCUGGGAGAAGGAAUAGGCGAAAUUAACAUAAGCAAGUCCAAGUUAGCGCCGAGCAAGUUCACCAAGCUCCCGAUCUCAUUUAUACAAUAGAAUUAAGAACACACCUGGGAGAAGGAAUAGGCGAAAUUAACAUAAGCGAGUCCAAGUUAGCGCCGAGCAAGUUCACCAAGCUCCCGAUCUCAUUUAUAUAAUAGAAUUAAGAACACACCUGGGAGAAGGAAUAGGCAAAAUUAACAUAAGCGAGUCCAAGUUAGCGCCGAGCAAGUUCACCAAGCUCCCGAUCUCAUUUAUGCAAUAGAAUUAAGAACACACUUGGCAGAAGGAAUAGGCAAAAUUAACAUAAGCGAGUCCAAGUUAGCGGCAAGCAAGUUCACCAAGCUCCCGAUCUCAUUGAUACAAUAGAAUUAAGAACACACCUGGGAGAAGGAAUAGGCGAAAUUAACAUAAGCGAGUCCAAGUUAGCGCCGAGCAAGUUCACCAAGCUCCCAAUCUCAUUUGUACAAUAGAAUUAAGAACACACCUGGGAGAAGGAAUAGGCGAAAUUAACAUAAGCGAGUCCAAGUUAGCGCCGAGCAAGUUCACCAAGCUCCCGAUCUCAUUUAUACCAUAGAAUUAAGAACACACCUGGCAGAAGGAAUAGGCAAAAUUAACAUAAGCGAGUCCAAGUUAGCGCCGAGCAAGUUCACCAAGCUCCCGAUCUCAUUGAUACAAUAGAAUUAAGAACACACCUGGCAGAAGGAAUAGGCGAAAUUAACAUAAGCGAGUCCAAGUUAGCGCCGACCAAGUUCACCAAGCUCCCGAUCUCAUUUAUACAAUAUAAUUAAGAACACACCUGGGAGAAGGAAUAGGCAAAAUUAACAUAAGCGAGUCCAAGUUAGCGGCAAGCAAGUUCACCAAGCUCCCGAUCUCAUUUAUACAAUAUAAUUAAGAACACACCUGGGAGAAGGAAUAGGCAAAAUUAACAUAAGCGAGUCCAAGUUAGCGGCAAGCAAGUUCACCAAGCUCCCGAUCUCAUUUAUACAAUAGAAUUAAGAACACACUUGGCAGAAGGAAUAGGCAAAAUUAACAUAAGCGAGUCCAAGUUAGCGCCGAGCAAGUUCACCAAGCUCCCGAUCUCAUUUAUAUAAUAGAAUUAAGAACACACCUGGGAGAAGGAAUAGGCGAAAUUAACAUAAGCGAGUCCAAGUUAGCGCCGAGCAAGUUCACCAAGCUCCCGAUCUCAUUGAUACAAUAGAAUUAAGAACACACCUGGGAGAAGGAAUAGGCGAAAUUAACAUAAGCGAGUCCAAGUUAGCGGCAAGCAAGUUCACCAAGCUCCCGAUCUCAUUUAUACAAUAGAAUUAAGAACACACCUGGGAGAAGGAAUAGGCAAAAUUAACAUAAGCGAGUCCAAGUUAGCGCCGACCAAGUUCACCAAGCUCCCGAUCUCAUUUAUACCAUAGAAUUAAGAACACACCUGGCAGAAGGAACAGGCAAAAUUAACAUAAGCGAGUCCAAGUUAGCGCCGAGCAAGUUCACCAAGCUCCCGAUCUCAUUUAUACAAUAGAAUUAAGAACACACCUGGGAGAAGGAAUAGGCAAAAUUAACAUAAGCGAGUCCAAGUUAGCGCCGAGCAAGUUCACCAAGCUCCCGAUCUCAUUCCACAUCAAUGGAUUUGAAACACAGCUUCACUCUAGUUUUCAUUUAUUUUGCAAAAGCAAGUCUGUGAAACAAAAGCAUAUCAGGUUUCAGUUUGGGAGGCGUGCCGUGCUAGCCGCUAGCAAGGCGCCGCGCCCACGAAAACUGAAAGGAACCCUCAGCCGCGGACGACGACGGACGACGACUUAGCGCCGUCUUUUUCGUAGCGCCGCCAUCUUUUGGAAGGGUUUUGCCUGCAUGUUAUUAAGAUAUCAUAGCUACGAUUUAUCCGCAUAAUGGACUCAUGAAAAAAGCUUUAGCACCCCCUCCAGGCAAACGCGGGUUCGGUAAAAGAAAACCCGUAUAUCUGCAGCGUAGUUUAAUCGAUACACGAAAUAAGAAUAUACUUGUAGGUGUUAAGUUUCAUUUGUGCAGCUCGCCCGGCGGUAUGAAAUACUCGGGACUAAAGUGUGCGCUGACUCGCGGCGACGCUGGAGUCGUUAAUUUCUUCGUAGUAUUAUUCAUUCCGAUAUUGUAUUACGCUUUCUGUUCUAGUAAAAGUAGAAACUGUUGAUGUUUUUUCCUCUCUAUAUGAAAGUUUAUGCAUUUAAUAUGUAGGUUCCCUUUGAAGGAGUGAUAGGAAAUCCUUAUUCUCAAUGGAUGCACUUAAGCAAUUGUAACCAACUUUUACAAAAUCUCACGUCAAGCAAGUAACGCAUUUGAAUGUAUAAAGAUAAAAAAAAAAAAAAAACACGACAUAAUGCACUCCUUUUUUUAUUACAAGCUUUAAGUUUUUGUUUUCUGGGGGGAGGGGAAAGAAUUUGUGACAAGUUCAGACUAUAUUUGAGUUCUUCCACAUACAUUUAUACAAAGUAACUUAAAAUGACUUUAAAAAAAAAAAACAUAUUACAGUUUCUCUAAUCUAUUUUGCUAACAUUGGUUUUUAUUUCGUAGAACACAGAGGGGGAAAAAGUCAGUAUCUGGAUGUUAUUUAUGGAAACAAAUGAAGCAACAUAUUUAAAAGACGUUUUGUUUUUUAAUUAAAAAUGACAAGAAGUUAAUAUAUUUCUAAACGGGGGGAAGUCAGUUUCUACUUAAAUGGAGAAGUUUUAUUUAUGACAGUUGCUAACUUCACACACGUCGACGAUGACAGAAUAGACUAUUUUUUAGAAUUUGGAGAUAUUUUAGUCGCAGAGCAUCGAUCUUGUGCCUCGAUGAUAUCAUCUGUAACCCCGCGCCCCCUUGCCCAUAUACACACAUAUAUGCCUUCAAGGAACCCCAUGGUACUGACUGACAUGUUACGUUUUUACAUUUCCUCUGGGAGACAAACUGGCUUCUCGGAACUCAAACGUUAACACAACACGCUAGGACUGCAGUGUACACUUUUCAUUUUGGACAUCUACUACUCCGGUUUUUGAUUGACAGCGACAGAGCGGCUUGAUGGAGGCCUGUUUAGUUGGUUAGGUGGUCCUGAUUGAACUUGGAUCGAACGCCUCGGACGCUUUUUGCUGGUGAGGUGAAGUGAAAGCGUAGUAGAUCUAUGUAAGUAGAUGCUCACACAUCAUACACGCAAACGCAUCAUACACACACACACACACACAAACACACACACCAGGAUCAUUACUGUACUAGUUUGCAUGUAUGUCGUACGGUCACUUAGGCGGGACGAGCAGCGCAAAGGGUUUCUCCCUUCGUCGCUCCUCCUCUGUAGAUUUUCAUAGUCGGGAAUCUCUUCGGAGGUCAAAAGUUGACAAGUUUUUGACGCCAGGCGAGGACGCCACCUCAGUCCCCCGCGUCAAAAUGCUAUCGCCUCACAGCAAAUGCACUUGAACUUCCGGUACUUUGAAAAACUCGACAGCCGACAUAACAUUCUCUUAUGCCGCACGCGGGACUCAAGGUACUCAAGGUACUCGAAGUGGCGCCCCGUCCACCCGGUCGAAAACCUGCGAUCUUCCUCCGAAGAGGCCGAUCCAGUCUGACAGUUUGUCUUUUGGUAGCGUUUCCAAUAUUUGCAGCACAGUAGGUGUGUUUCAUGCCGGUUUAAUAGUGGUGGUAGUGCAUUAGUUUACGGGCCAGCGUCAACGGCUGGUGUUAGUUUCUGGUUUCUCUGUGAACGGUGAAAGAGGGUUGCCUGCACGGCGCUCUGUGGCUGACCAUCAACUUUUGAUGGAUGCGAACACAAAUAAAAAAAAAAGACAAAAAAAGGAAAAAAAAUCUGUUACAGUGUGCCAUGCCCAACGAGGCAUGUGAUAUUGCAGGUUUAUUUCUUAUAGCACAUGUUUUUUGGGUGAAUUACAUUUUUGGAAGACAUUUUUAUUAUUAUUAUUAUUAAUUAUUAUUGUAUCUGCUCCAUGUUAGUUCUGGUUCUUUGUUAUUUUUCCAAGAUACGAGAUGUAUUGUAAAUGUUUCUAAUAAAAACAACAAAAUGAAAAUGAACCUGAUGGAUGGGUGAGUGGUGCUUUUUAUUUCAUUAAAUGUACCAAAUUAAAUAUUUAGGGUAUAAAUGAUGAAAGAAAAAUAAAAUAUUAUACUGGAUAAAACUUAACAUGUUUGAAAAACAUCAUCCACAUUGCUUCUAAAUCAGGGGUCUCAAACACGUGGCCCGCGGGCCAAAUGUGGCACUAGUUUGAGGCCCCCGCUUUGAUAUGGAUGCUGUAUGGUAUCAUGUACCCAGAAAAAAUUAUUACGUUUGAUUCAUGUUCAUGUUAAAGGUUAAAUAACUGUUAAUAGUUAUCCUCCCUAUCCGUGUGGAAGUGGUAAGUUAUUGGCUAUUUAAGUUGAAAGGAAAUAACUUGAAGGCUACCGUUUAGGUCGCUAGCUCUCUAGUUUGCGAGUUAGCAUGUGUCUCAAGACCCUGCAGUUGCGCAAUAUGUUGUAAAUAAAAAGAGUAUAAAUGUGACUAUAGUCGUGUUUUGUCAUGUCUACAGGGCUCUAAUAAUGCUUUGUUCAUUUUAAUCUGAAAAAAAUCAUU